AUGCUGCAUCUGCGAAUCAUUAAAGGGGGCUUCGGCCUCCUGGGAGUGAAGAGGGUCACAGUACUCCAUGGCGCGUUUCACAGCACUCAGAGUGUGGAAUAUAAACCCAUCAAAAAGGUGAUGGUGGCCAACAGAGGUGAGAUUGCGAUCAGGGUUUUCCGAGCAUGUACGGAGCUGGGGAUCCGCACGGUGGCCGUUUACUCCGAGCAGGACACGGGGCAGAUGCACCGACAGAAGGCCGACGAGGCCUACCUGAUCGGGAAAGGACUACCUCCCGUACAAGCCUACCUGCACAUCCCCGACAUCAUCAAUGUGGCCAAGGAAAAUGAUGUGGAUGCGAUUCACCCAGGCUAUGGGUUCCUCUCGGAGAGGGCCGACUUUGCCCAGGCCUGUGUUGAUGCUGGAGUGCGUUUCAUCGGACCGACCCCUGAGGUGGUGCGCAAGAUGGGCGACAAGGUGGAAGCUCGAUCCAUUGCCAUUGAUGCCGGCGUUCCCGUCGUGCCAGGAUCCUCCGCACCUGUAACAUCUCUGACGGAAUCCCAAGAAUUUGCCGACGCCUAUGGCUACCCCAUCAUAUUUAAAGCUGCCUUCGGAGGUGGAGGCAGAGGGAUGAGAGUGGUCCAUGGCUAUGAGGAGUUGGAGGAGAACUACCAACGAGCUUAUUCUGAGGCCCUGUCUGCCUUUGGAAACGGAUCUCUGUUCAUAGAACGCUUCAUCGAGAGACCCCGGCACAUCGAAGUACAGAUACUGGGUGACAAGUAUGGCAACGUGAUCCACCUGUACGAGAGAGACUGCUCCAUCCAGCGGCGACACCAGAAGGUGGUGGAGAUCGCCCCCGCCGCUCAACUGGACCAGCAGCUGAGAGACCACCUCACCUCUGAUGCCAUCAAACUGGCCCGACGGGUGGCCUACGAGAACGCGGGCACGGUGGAAUUUCUCAUCGACAAGAACGGCAAGCACUUUUUCAUCGAGGUCAACUCCAGGCUUCAAGUGGAGCACACGGUGACCGAAGAAAUCACGGACGUUGACCUGGUACACGCCCAGAUCCACGUGACAGAGGGCAAGAGUCUGGCCGAGCUGGGCCUGAAGCAGGAGAACAUCCGCAUCAAUGGCUGUGCCAUCCAGUGCAGGAUCACCACCGAGGAUCCCGCCCGCGGCUUUCAGCCCGACACUGGACGCAUCGAGGUGUUCCGCAGCGGGGAAGGGAUGGGGAUCCGGUUGGACAUCGCCUCGGCGUUCCAGGGGGCCUUGAUCUCGCCGCACUACGACUCGCUGCUGGUCAAGGUGAUCGCCCACGGCAAAGACCACCCCACGGCGGCGUCCAAGCUGAACCGGGCCCUGGCCGAGUUCCGGAUACGCGGCGUCAAGGUAAGGAUGCGGCGUGAAAGCCGGUGGCGGCGUUUCCCGCGUCGCGCUGGAGCCCGGGGCGGAGAGUGUGCCUCGGGGCUGGGCUUGCUUCAAAAUGGCGGACAUCGAUCGGGACGUGUGUCGCCACGACUGAGCCUCGUGGCAGGAGACCUGACCAUCUCUUCACGGUCUUUCCUCAAUGUUCCUCAUUGUGGGUGUCGACUCAAAACUGGACCUAAAAGGGAUCAUUUUACCGAUGGGAGACAAUCACUUGAUAUUGAUUGUAGGCCUACAAGCUGA